GAUUACUAUAUAUACCAAUCAGGGAAGCAGCUCAUCGGCACAGAUAUAAACAUGGCUCUGAAAUUGCCUUGUGCCCUUGGAAGGGUAUUAUAUCGACAGCACCUUUCUCCUAAACAUCUUGUCAAGCCAGUUAUUACAAGGGAGUUUCACAUAACCCCAAAGCUGGGGACUGUGGUUGGUAUGAAGUAUGCAACACCGGAAAUAAAGCAAAUGCUUGUUCGCAUGAAGUUUUUCAAAAAAGUUGAGCAUGUACCAGAUUUUGUUGGGUCUGGCCUGGUGUCCCUGGCAAACGACUAUUUUCGAGUGAAGAUGUCUAUGAGUAUCAUGAAUGUACUGUUUUUGACCGUUUAUACAAUGUUUUUUUGGGUUAGAAGGAAAAAAAGUAAACAAUUUGAGGAACGGACUAACACAAAAUAUGAAGCUCACAGAACGAGAGAAAUUGAAAAAAAAAAAUGAUGCAUCAACACCAUAAUUAUUAUCACAUCUGCAUAUUGUAAAUUAUUGUGAGAUACUAUAUUUUGUUGUGAUUAAAAUACAUUUUCAUCUGCUCUUAUUAAAAUGCUAUUUGUCUUUCCAAAA